CAUUUUUAAGCACAGGGAUGCUGAUACAUAAGACACUUCAGGCACUUUAAUUGGAGCAGCUCUCAGAGAUGCUCCAAUUAAAGUGCCUCCCCUCUCCAGGAGCACAUGUAUAAUUGCCCUAUGGUAGGAACUAGUUAACCAAAGGAAUCCCCAAAGUUGCCACUUCACACCCUCACCUGCAACUUGCAGGAGCAAUAUCCAAAACGCCUAUAAUCAGGAUGUCAAACUUGCCUUGUGCUCCGGGCAGGAUCCAAACCAUAGCGCUCUCUUUGGGCCAGAUCCAGCCCAGGGCAUACAGCAGCAGUCCAUCUCCAGCAUGUUGCAUAUGGUGGCUCUAGCAUGGGAUGGUGGCAGGUUUGGCAGCCAAAGAGGUAGGGCUGCUGUGGUGGUAACAGGCAAAACAGAUGGAGGGUGACACGGGCUAACCUGUAAAGACUGGUAUUGUCCUCGCUUUUCCUUCUGCAGCUGAUUGCCAUGUCCAUCAGGGCCAGGAGUCCCCAGAUUCUCCAGUAAGGGUGCACUCUCUGGCCAUGACCCCCAAAUUCCAGAGGCCCAGUGGGCUGGAUCUGGCCCACAGACCAUAUAUAUUUGUCACCUCUGCCUAGAACAUACAGGUUAAAGAAGGGAAGAUGAGGGCACUACCAGUAUCCUGCCACUACAGUGAUAGGAAAGGAGUUAAUGGUUGUUCAGAAGAUCUAGAUAAAGGGCUUUACCCCUCACAACAGGAAGGCUAGGGUUGCCAGCUCUGUUUGAAUCUGUUCCAGGAGGUUUCUGUAACGCCAACACAACACAAAUGUGUCCAUGUGCUUGCAUAUAUCAGUUAUGGAUUACGGUGUGUAGACUUUACAUAAGGAAGGCAAAUGCACAUAUUUAAUAUUUUAUAAUAUUAAAUCUGUUAAUCCCCCAGGUGACCCAGUAAAAUCCUGAGGGAUUAACAGAUGCCUUGCAUGCUACAAGAGCUACUUUUAUGCCCCAGUCUGGAGGACUGCAUAUAUAUAACUCCCCAUCAUGCCCACUGAUUGAUAUAUCCAGACUCCUUGUCCUAUCAAAUUUCCCUCCCAUGAGCUAUGCAGUUCAGUCAAAGGAGAUGUGGCUUUCUUGUCCUCACCACUUUGCUUGGUGCAAAACUGUUCUUUUUCUAUUUUUUCGUUAGAAGCUGCAGACAGCUGUGCAAUUGUCUGAUAAAAAACCUGGACAACCUUCUGAUGUUUACAGUUUAGUACCUUGUGGAGAAGUGGUUGGUUGCUUAGCUGUUUGUGUGAAGUUAUGCAAACAUUUUACAUCAAAAUUUGACGUACAGCAAAACACAAACUUGCUUCUGCGCAUUACUGUUAAUGGAAUCAUGAAAUGCACAAAUCCACAAAUUCUCAAAGUGCACCAGAGGAGCUACUUAAGGGAUGUUACAGUUAAUUUUGGAGAUGUGAAAUAUUUCUCUAUACAGGUUCCAAGGCAGCGACAGGAUAUGCAAAAUAAGAUUAUUUUAGAAUUAGUAGAAUUUCAGAGUCCAAAAGAAUUUCCAAAACUGCUGGGGUAUGCAACAGUGCACCUUUAUGAAGUUAUUCAGAGAAGCCAUUUCACUGAAACAUUGGCCAUGAGGAGUAGAAACAUAGUGGUCUGCACUUUGGAAGUGGAGUUUACAUUCUGCUAUGGAAGUUUUGGAUAUGGUUACUCACACCAGUUGAAACAGCCUGAACCAGAACUUCAGAAGACUAUUAAACGUUCCAUGUUUCUCCGGAUUCCACCACUGAAAGACAGAAGGGAUUGUCAAAGUAGUGUCAUCACAGCACAGUUCCUGGGAUAUCCAGCAUUCUCAUCUCCAGAUCAGUGUGUGGCAGACGGAACUGUUGAGAGAGAAAUUUCUUCACCUGGUGUAUCCUCAAAGGGCUUAGGCAUACUUCAGAAUGGUCUGAAAAAGAUUCCACCUCGAAACAGACUGGAAAAAAUGAAAAAUGAAUAUCGGACACUAAAAACCUGGGACAAAAAAGCUGAGUAUUUAGAUGAACUCAUCAUGAAAAAGGGACCUAAAAUGACCACAGGACAGCAUAUGGCAUUUCACUUCAAGGAAAUGGAUGAAAAGAGGCAAAAAACUUCUGGGGAAAGAAGCAGAAGCUUUUCUGCAUUAUCUGUUGAUUCAGAGUUACAGGGAGAGGAUCUGUUUAAAACAGAGACUAAAUUGAAAGAUUAUUCAAAUCUGUCCCUCAGAAUUUCGGAGCAAGUACUGAAAACUACAGAAAAAAUGCAUCAUGGCGGUUCCUCAGAAUAUGCAGAAUCUGACCAAAAACUUCAUCCUCUUCCUGCAGUGGUUAUAACAUCCACAUCAACUGUUUCUCAAAAAUCAUUAAUUAGGAACCCAGAAGAAAAUUGGGAAAGGACAUCUUCAGUUCGUUUCAAACCCAUGGACUCAGAAUAUGUUAUUGCUGUAGUUCCAGAUUGGGAAAUAGAAUUGGGAAGAAAACCUAACACAGAAAAACUAAGUGUUCUGGAACCAACUAAAGCUGACCUUAUACAUUUAGAAGAUUAUCCAGUAAUACAUUCUCAGGAGUUUGCCUCUGGUAUUUCAGAGAGAGCACGUACCAGUCCUCAGGUUUCAGUGACUUCUGAAAGUGUACCAGUGAUCAUCCUAAGUGACCCAUCAGGUAAAACUGUCAAAAAGUUGCAGCAGUUUCCUCUUAAAGAGAUUGAAUACCGGCAACCUGUUCUUAGUGGGGACAAAUUUGAACCUUUUUUGAGACAUAUAGGUAGAACACAAUCAACUGUAUAUGAAAGGAAAGAAGCUGGGCUGGAAGCACCUAUUUUCAGUGUUCUGGAAAACAAACUUCUGUGUGCAGAUGUCAAAGAGGAAGAAGACCAGGAUCCACCUAUUGGAACACCUUCAACAAAAGUAACAAGUAGUUCAGAUAUUGAGUUAAGCAAGAGUUGUCAGCGCCUUUCCAUAUUACGACUUAUAGAAUCAAAUAUGAAAUUAGAAGAGGAGCAGCAGGAUCUUUCUUUAUUAAAUGUUAAAGAACCAUUAUUGUUGACUAUAAAUACAAAUUUACCUGAAAAAUGGCAAGAGAAGAGACUUUCAGAAACAGAAAUAAUGCAUCCAAACAUAUUUUUAAACAAUGCUCUUGAAGACUUUCUUGUAGACAGACUUAUAAAUAUAAUAACACUAAAAUCUGUAUUAAGCAGUAGUCUUGGCGAGAUGAUUUCAGAGAGACUUUCAGAAAUAGUGGUAGACACAAAGACAUUGGAGGAAGAGUACCAGAAUCUACAACGUUUUGUAGAUGGAUCGCCAGUUGUUUUGGAGAGAGAUUUAUUUGGAAAGGGACAGAAUUAUUACAGGCUUUCUGAACCAGAAACAAUACAUUUAAAAGCAGUUUUAAGUCAGAACUUGCAGGAUCGUCUCAUAGAGAGAUUUUCUGAAACAGGAAUAAUCACAGACUUGGAGUUAGGGAAGCAGCACCAGAACCUGCCAUUGCAAGGAAUAAAAGAUAUGGUUGGGGACAUAGAUUUAGAUGAAAAAAUACAUAAUUAUGAGAAGACAGCCUCAGAACCUGAAAUAGUAGAUCUUAAACCUGUUUUAAAACAAAAUCUACAAGAUUUUGCCAGAGAGAGGCUUUUAGAAUUGGGCUUAAUGCUAAGCAAUGAUGCGAGACAACCAAAAUCUGAGGCAGAGUCAUCUGAGAAAAGCAAAGAUCAGUCUGGAAAACAGUAUUCAGAAACAGACAUAAGAAUAAUAAAAUCUUUAAGUAAGAACCUACAGGAUCUUCCGGAUGAGAGAUUUUUAGAAUCAGGAUUAAUAAAAGUCACUGAAUUAGAGCAUGAAUGCCCAAAUUUGACUUCUCAGUUUUUUAGAGACAGACAAUCAAUCGAUGAGAAAGGGACAAAAUCUUUUAAGAAGAAGUCUUCCAAAACAGAAAAAGUAAAAAUAGAAUCUGCUCUAAGUCAGAAUCUACAAGACUAUAUGUCAGAAAGUUGCUCAGAAAGAGGGAUGAACACAGAAAUUAAGUUAGGAAAAGAGCAACAGAAUGGGUCAUUGCAGAUAAUCAAAGUAAAAUUGCCAGUGGAUUUGGAGACAGAGGUACCUAGGAGAGAGGAAGAUCAUCACAAGCAAAGGCUUACAAAACCAGAAAUAAAUUUAAAAUCUGCUUCAGACAAAACUCUCCAAGAUACUUUCAUAGAAAAACUUUUGGAAACAGAAAUAAUGAGUCUAAAGACUUUUUUAAAUCAAUGCCUCCAGGAGAAGCUCUCUGAGACAAGAUUAGUUACAGAAGAGAAGUUAGAAAAUGUACAACAGAACCAUUCUUCGCAGCACAUUGCAGAAAGACAACCUAGAAUAACAGAAACAGAUUUACCUGAUAUAGGACAAGUUCAUCCUAGUGAAAGUCUUACUAAACAACAUAUAAUAAAAGGAAGACCUAUUUUAAAUGGAAAUAUACAAGACUUCCUACUAGAGGCACUCUCACAAAGGGAAAUCAUGAAUCUAAAGUCAAUUUUAAGCAAAAAGAUCCAAAAUCAUCUUAUAGAAAGAUUCUCGGAAAUAGGGGUAAUCACAGAGGAAGAGUUAAAAAAGAUAUACCAGAGUUUGUUUGUGUUGAGAGCCAAUGAAAGACUGUCAAAUGCUAUGGAGGUAAAUUUACCCAAGGAAGAGCAAAGUCUAAGAACAAAAUCCCUCUUAACCAAAAACCUUCAAGAUAGACUUUCAGAAACACAGCUUGUAGAACUGAAAUCUCUCUUAAACAAGAUUAUGAAAGAAGGUUGUAAAGACAGACUUUCUGAAACAGAAGUAAAAAGUCUGAAAUCUGUUUUAAGCACCAGCUUUCAAGACCUUCCUGUAGAAAAUAUUUCAGUGGAAUUAGAAAGCACAUGCCAGAAUACAUCUUUGAAAAAUGGUGAAGGGAAACCACUUACAGUAACUGAUAAAAAUAUAUUUGAGAGCAGGCAAGAUCAUGCUGCAGAGAAUCUUGAUAAAAUGUCCAUAAUAAAUGAAAAGCCCAUUUUAAGAAAAGAGAAGUGUAAACUUCCUGUAGAUAAUAUUUCAGAACAGGUGUGUGCAGUGGUUAAUCUAAACAAAGAAACCCAAACCAAUAGUUUGAGAACCCUUCCUCAAAAAGGAAAAAAUUAUUUUGAAAGAGAGACUCAAGUUUUGCAAAGUUGUCUCAGUAAUACAGAGAAAACAUAUUCAAAAAUGGAUUUGGAAAAAGCAUUAAAACCAAAGCACUCUGAUGACUCUUUGAGAGGAACACCUGAAACAGUUGCCCUGACUUCCUUUUUAAGUUCUCAUGAUACUGAAGUCCAAACAGAGCUUAAGGAAUAUCUCUCCAAGUCAAUGCUCUCCUUUCCCGCAAGUCCUCCAACAUUUAUCUUUUUACGUUCAGACUCUGACGGAGAAGCAAAAGCAUCAAACAAGUCUUGUGGAAAAGCAAAAGGCAAAAAAAAACAUAUUAAUAAAGUUUCUAGAAAGUGUACUGUGCCAUAUCAAGGACAAGUAGUAAUGGGUACGCAAUUUAAGGAGGAGAAACAAACUGAUUUGCAUAAGUCUAAAGAAGGCUUAAAGGGAAAACAUAAAAAACAUCCUGAAGCAGGUUCUCAAAUACUGGGUGUUUCAGGAUCCAAGAAAGACUCAAAAUGUUCUAUGUUCUCCUAUACUUUAAAUAAAGAAAACUCAAAACAGAAAUCAGAGCAAGAAAAAAGGCAUGAAAGUAGAUCAAAGAAAUUGCUUAGCAAGUCUAUUAAGGUACCAUCAGCCACUAUGUCUGAACAACAGCUCAAGCGCUCUGCAAACGUGGUUCAAGAAGAAUCAUCUCCGAGUUCCUUUCCAAGAUCUUGGCAUGCAAAGAGAAACAUAUCUCAUUAUACAGAUAGAGAAGAUAUAGACGUGGAACUAUUUAAGCAUCUUGAAAAAGCUGUAAAAAGGGCACUGCGUGAUUUAGGAAAGGCUCCAGAAGACAGCACAUGCCAGCCAUUACAUUCUGUAAGACCACAUACUGCUCCAGAUAUUUGUAAUCCAACUGAAGAGACAUCUAAAGCACAGCCUGCUCGCUCUAGCGCAUCUUCUUUAGAUUCCUUUGUUGAUGAAGAUACAGGACAUACCACCAGCUCAGAAUCUGAAAACUUGGACAGUCCAGUGGAGCAGGUAGAAAUAACUCCUGAAAAGUGGGAAGUUGUUUGUAAAAUUCUUCAAAAAAUAUUACAGCAAAACUGGAAACCUAAGAAGGAUAGUUAAGCAAGUCAACACACUUCAUGCAGACAGUUGAUAUGGCUAAAACAAGCCUUAUUUUUAAGUCUUGCUCAGGGGCAAUAUUUCAUCUGCCUGUUUUUUCAGUGAUAAAUAAACACAUGUUCUUCCUGCAAA